GGCAAGGCGGUCUGUGAAGUGGCGAUUCUUACGUCUGCCCUGACAUGACGGGUGUCCAUGGCGCAAUUUCCCCUCCGACUACCCCUCCAAAAGUGGCCCGAGCGCGGCCCUUUCCCAGCUCCAGCCUCGACAACUCGACAGUGAGAGGCCCAAUCAAGCCGAACGCCCCACACUUGUGCUGCGCCUGUCAUUGCUCUACGGAAGGAGCUAUGGUGGCUAUAAAAGGUGGCUAGGCAAUUGCCCCUCUAUUGCUCUUCUACUUUUAAAGCUGCCCCUCAUCCUUCCCAUCAACAACACUCCAUCCCCAACACUUCCUCUACACACCAAUUUCACAUCCAUCACAAUGUCCAACCCCAGAGUUUACUUCGACAUCACCAUUGGCGGUGCGCCCGCGGGCCGCAUUGUCAUGGAGCUUUUCGCCGACCAGACCCCCAAGACCGCCGAGAACUUCCGCGCUCUCUGCACCGGCGAGAAGGGCACUGGCCGCUCCGGCAAGCCCCUCCACUACCAGGGCUCCAGCUUCCACCGUGUCAUCCCCCAGUUCAUGCUUCAGGGUGGUGACUUCACCCGCGGCAACGGCACCGGUGGUGAGAGCAUCUACGGCGAGAAGUUCGAGGACGAGAACUUCAACCUGAGGCACACUGGCCCUGGUAUCCUCUCCAUGGCUAACGCCGGACCUGGUACCAACGGCUCCCAGUUCUUCAUCUGCACCGUCAAGACCUCCUGGUUGGACGGCAAGCACGUCGUCUUCGGCCAGGUUGUCGAGGGUCUUGACGUCGUCCAGGCCAUCGAGAAGGUCGGCUCCGGCAGCGGCUCCACCUCCAAGCAGGUCACCAUCGCCAAGUCUGGCCAGUUGUAGGCGACUGAGUCAUUUGAACAAGAACGUGCACGCAAUAUGAGAUAUUGGAAUGAAUUUCUGAGCGGCUUACGAAAACGAUGAAUCACGACAUACCACGUGGCUCGAUAAGACGAGACCAGUGGGCAUCUUCGGUCUGUCAUAGUACUACAGCUAGGAAAUGGCAAUGAUCAGUGCGCAAUCUACGUAUGCUUGGAAUUGUGCCUCGUUUCGUGCCAUGAGAUCCGAACAUAACUCGUACUUUCCAACUGCAAAACACUAACUCGAUACCAAAGUACAUUGUAGCGAAGUCACAAUCGGCAUCGUGCUCAAUGAACCAGAUGCGAGCUUAAAAAACGGCGGUGACGGUGCUAUAAAACCCAGAUCCCAUGACAUGUGAAAUAUAAACAUCAAAUACGGAAGAUGUACUUGUCG